AACAUUCACUCACACGCUAUUAUUUUCUCCAAUAACUAACCAAAUUCUUCUAGAACAAUUAUUCCAAAUCUAUGGCUUCUUCUUCUUUUCUUCUCUCCACUUCAAUUACCGGCUCUAAACUCUCCGCCGCUGCACCACCGCGGAGUUCUGUUAGCUUCAAGCAGCGGCCGUUCUCUGUUUCCGCCGCGUACUCCACUGCGGAGAGGACUUCUACUGCUACUACUAGUAGCUCUACAAUCGCCUCACAUACAUCGUUAUACGAAGUUUUAGGGAUUCAAUUUGGAGCUAAUUCUCAUGAAAUUAAGUCUGCUUACCGGAAAUUAGCCAGAAUUUUGCAUCCAGAUGUUCGUAAUUCGUCGGCGGAGGACUUUAUAAGAGUCCAAUCAGCGUAUGCUACUCUUUCCGAUCCGGAAAAACGUGCUAAUUAUGAUCGGAACCUAUUUGGAAAUAGAAUUGCAAGGCCUGUUGAUUUCUCAACGGCGGGAGCUCGCAGCCAUUAUACUGUUCGCCGAGGAUGGGAAACCGAUCAGUGUUGGUAGAAUUUUUCGAAAUCUCCCGCCCGAUUAGUCACAAAAUUUAGAUGAGCACCACUUAAUUUCUGAUCGUAACUCAAAUCUGAAAUUUCUUAUAACGAUAAUAAGACCCGUUAUUUGUACAGUACAUGUAAAUGUGACUUUAUGUAUAUAAUACUUUAAAAAUUUGUUAUGUGAUUUGGGAUUAAGAUAAA